CCAUCAAUAUAUUGAUUGCUAGGAAUAGAAAAUUAGAAAUCCAGGACUACUGGUCUACAAAUGAACUUCUACAUCAAAAUAUAUUUGAUAAAUUAAUGAUUAGAGAUGGGUAUUUGUUACUUCUUCGAUUAAUACAUUUUUGUAACAAAAGUCAACAAGUCCAUGGUGACCGACUUUAUAAAAUACAAAUGGUGAUAUCUGAAGUUCAAACAAAUUUUAAAGAUGCUCUUAUUGCUUUUUCUAACUUGGCAAUUGAUAAAAGUUUACUUUUAUGGAAAGACC